AUGUUUAGGAACCGUGACUAUCCUGAAGCACUAAUCAAUGAGUUAUUAGUUGAGAGGGUUGAUAAUGAUGAUAACAGUGACGAUGAUAAUGGUGAUGAUGAUAACAGUGACGAUGAUAACGGUGGUGAUGAUAACAGUGACGAUGAUAAUGGUGAUGAUGAUAACGGUGGUGAUGAUAAUGGUGGUGAUGAUAACGGUGGUGAUAAUAACAGUGAUGAUGAUAACAGUGAUGAUGAUAACGGUGAUGAUGAUGAUAAUGAUGAUGAUAACGGUGGUGAUGAUAACAGUGAUGAUGAUAAUGGUGGUGAUGAUAACGGUGGUGAUGAUAGUGAUGAUGAUAACAGUGAUGAUGAUAACGGUGAUGAUGAUGAUAACGAUGAUGGUAACGGUGUUGAUGAUAGUGAUGAUGAUAAUGGUGGUGAUGAUAACAGUGGUGAUGAUAGUGAUGAUGAUAACAGUGAUGAUGAUAAUGGUGAUGAUAAUGACAGUGAUGAUAAUGGUGGUGAUGAUAAUGGUGGUGAUGAUAACGGUGGUGAUGAUAACAGUGAUGAUGAUAAUGGUGAUGAUGAUAAUGGUGAUGAUGAUAACGAUGGUGAUGAUAAUGGUGAUGGCGAUAACGGUGGUGAUAAUAAUGGUGAUUUUCUGCGACUCUAA